UCAUCCUACAUAUCACAAACACAUUAGAGAGAAGCCAAAGAAAUUAGAAAGCCGAUACAUUUUCUCAAAAAAGAAAAGGGAAAAUCCAUAUACAUUAAUAUGGCCUCUUUACAAGCUUCAAGCUUUCUUGUCUCUUGUACUUGUUCAACAAGAAUCAAUGCUGCCAUUUCUGUACCUAAGCUUCCAGGAAUUCGUAUUUCAGUUCCAAGAAAUGCAUUAAAUGUAGUUGAGGAACAUAAUUUAAGAGAUGGGUUCACAAGUGCAAUCCCAAUAGAGAAGAUUAAUACUGCCACUAACACAAGGAUUGAUCAAGAACCAGCAACUACUAGAGCAACAGUCAAGCUUUUUGCCAUCUUGGAAGCCGUUGCAGAUAGAGUAGAGAUGCACAAAAACAUUGGGGAGCAACGUGACAAUUGGAACAAACUUCUUUUGAAUUCAAUUAACAUGAUCACUCUAACAGCAGCAACAAUGGCUGGUAUUGCAUCAGCUGGUACAGUUGGAGCACCUCUUUUGGCUUUGAAGUUAUCUUCUACUCUUUUAUUUUCUGCAGCUACUGGAAUGUUACUGAUCAUGAACAAAAUCCAGCCUUCACAGCUUGCAGAAGAGCAAAGAAAUGCCACAAGAUUGUUCAAGCAACUUUAUAGCCAUAUACGAACAACACUUGCUCUUCGCGAUCCUACCGCGUUAGAUGUGAAGGAUGCAAUGGAGAAGACAUUGGCUCUUGAUAAAGCUUACCCUCUUCCUUUGUUAGGAAAAAUGAUUGAAAAGUUUCCCGAAAAAUUUGAGCCUGCUGUUUGGUGGCCUAAAACACAAGGAUCCCCAAGAAAGCAGCACAAAACACAAGGAAGGAAUGGGUGCAGUGGGGAUCUUGAAGAGGAGAUGAGGCAGGUGAUUGAAGUGAUAAAGAGAAAAGAUAGUGAAGAUUACAUGAGACUAGGCAACUUGGCAUUGAAGGUUAACAAGAUCUUAGCCAUCUCUGGUCCAUUACUCACUGGCAUUGCAGCUGCUGGGUCUGCCUUUGUAGGCCAUGGAUCUUGGGCAGCGAUUGUGGCUGUCACAGCUGGUGCAUUAGCUAGCACAGUCAAUACAUUUGAGCACGGUGGCCAAAUCGGUAUGGUAGUUGAAAUGUACAGAAACUGUGCUGGAUUCUUUACACUUAUGGAAGAAUCAAUUGAAACCAGCAUUCAACAAAGAGAUUUCGAGAAAAGCGAAGACGGAGAAAUGUUUGAAAUGAAUGUUGCAUUGAAGCUUGGAAGAAGCUUGUCACAACUGAGAGAUCUUGCCAGAAAAUCCUCUUCUUCUCAUGUAGAUGGAAGCACCAUAGAUGAGUUUGCUAGCAAACUUUUUUGAUAGUAUUAGACCUCUCUGUCCAUAACUAAUUCACAUUCUUUUAAAAAUUCCUUUUGUACAUCAAAGUAACAUGUAUAGAUUAUCACAAAUGAUAUUCAAUUUUUUCCUCAAGAAUAUGUUCAAGUAUGAGAAA